CCUACCAUUAAAAAAGUGACCGAGGAUUUUUUGCCAUUUAUUCUGCUCAUAACGAAUGCACUGUGUGUCAAAUUAAACGGCCAACUUACAGUGCUUAAAAAACAACGGCUGUAAAGUAAUCAGAAAUYCGGCAGAGCAGAUACACUCGCAAGUGCAAGAAUACCGACUUCAUUAAGUCUUACGCAGGAGCCCAAAAUCAAUCAAAACUGUGGACUUUUUUCACUCAAACGUGAGUAAAACCUUUUUAUUGACAUUUCGUUUAAACGACGACUUCAAGAUUUACAAGACGUAAAAGAAGAGGCCAGAAGUAAGACAAAAUGUCAAGGAAUAACUCGUUGGAUUUCACCAAAAUAACUGAUAUCUGUUCAUCACACUCGCUGGCUGUGCAGCUAAACUUUGAGCGUCCAAACUUUAUCUUCUGGUCAAACGUCAUAACUUGUGCUUUGAAUGCUAUCUCAUGUAUAACUGCUGUUGUCGGAAACGCUCUGGUUUUGAUUGCCAUUUUGUCGUCUUCAAUGCGAAGACAACCUUGUAUGAUAGUACUCUGUUCUUUAGCAAUGGCUGAUUUCUUGGUUGGCUUGYUAGUACARCCUUCGUACUUGAUYUACAAAGCUGCGGAAAUAAAUCAACAGUGGAUUGCUGUAUGCUACACAAAGCUUGUUCAUGUAAGCGUUGGUUUUACAACGACUGGGGUCUCGCUCAUGAGUUUAAUGGCUAUCGCAGUUGAAAGACUUCUAGCCGUUCACUURCAUCUCAGAUACGUAGAUUUAGUCACAGCCYAUCGGGUUAAGCUCGUAAUURCCUGUCUUUGGAUAAUAUCYAUCUUAAACUCCGCUCUACAAUUCGUCGAUAAAGACAUUUUYCAAGCYAUCGUCUUUGUUAUGGAACUAUUAAGCAUUAUYAUAGCGUCUUUGGCUUAUCAUAGAGUUUACAAAAUCGUUCAACGCCAUCGCAAAGAAAUCCAAAAACAAGUCCCGAAUUGUAAAGAAAGAAUUGAUGUUGAACGCUAUCGCAAAUCCGCAAUGACCAUGUUUUUAGUUUUUAUGUUUUCUCUGUUUUGUUAUUUGCCCUUUUCUGUWUAUAUAGCUCUAGAAGCGGUAUAUGGCUUCACACCUAGUAUCAAAGCCCUCGCAAACAUCGCAACGACAAUAAUAUUYAUCGUAAGCUCAUGUAAUCCWUGUAUCUAUUGCUUUAGAAUCCAAGAAAUACGUGCAGCUGUUCGRAAACUUUUAYGGCRYAGAAGGAGAKCAUURAGUAUAACUGUUGCUAGCAACAGYAAUCCAACGAACUCGCGUUAA